CGGCUGUCGGUGGUGGUGGUGUGAAUGUGUUUAGAUGUGUCAGGCCGCUGUUUAACAGAGGGGCCCUGUCUCCGUCACUCCCGACACUCGCUGCUGGCUGUAAUCGCGGAAGGACUGUACGUACCAGGAGCGGAGCAGUUGUACAGCAUCAACAGACAGAACAUGUCCUGACUCCCGUGCACGUCCUCUGUGCAUUUAGCCCAUGGGGUUAGUAAAAGGCACAUCAGAUGGUAGAAGCACUAGUGUCUGAUGGUUUUCCAUGCAGCAUCAUAGUAGCAGGCUAACAGUGAGCUCCAGCUGCUGUGCAGGUUAACAUCUUUGUGUCCUUCUGACCAGCCUGUAGCCUGCUGACCUAAGAGAGGCCACACUGGGAAGCAUUAUCUCAUUAUGUUGUCUUCCUUCCAAGGAAAGCUGGUGCGAAAUGCAGAGGAUAAGAAAACAGUGAUCUGUAUUGAAGGGAACAUUGCCAGUGGGAAGACGACAUGUCUCGAGUAUUUCAGCAAAACCAGCAAUAUAGAGGUUUUUACGGAACCUGUCUCUAAAUGGAGGAAUGUCUGUGGACACAACCCUCUGGCUCUGAUGUACCAGGAUCCUGAGCGCUGGGGCAUCACACUGCAGACAUAUGUUCAGCUAACUAUGCUGGAUAGACACCUGUCAUCUACCUCGGCUUCUGUCCGGAUGAUGGAGAGGUCCAUCUUCAGUGCCAAGUACAUCUUUGUGGAGAAUCUCUUUAGAAGUGGGAAAAUGCCAGCAGUGGACUAUGCUGUUCUCAGUGAGUGGUUCAACUGGAUCAUAACCAAUAUUUCCAUCCCUGUUGAUCUAAUUGUCUACCUGCAGACGUCUCCUCAGACCUGCCAUGAGCGACUGAAGCAGAGAUGCCGAGAGGAAGAGAAAGUCAUUCCACUGGAGUAUCUGGAGUCCAUCCAUCAGUUGUAUGAGGACUGGCUCAUUAAGAAAACCACUGUCCCUCUUCCUGCUCCCAUCUUGGUGAUCCCUGCUGACCAUGACCUCCAGAAGAUGCUACACCAGUAUGAGAAAAACCGUGACAGGAUCCUUGCAGCCGACCGUCUGUGAUGCCCAGUUCCGGGUUAGGGUUUGUUUUAUUGGAUGUCCAUAAUCUGCACAGUGAAAAAGCUUCAGGCAGCAACUUAACAGGUACCCUAAAUUUUUAAAGCAAAAUGUAAAAAAUGGUAUGUUCAACAUUGUGUGUCAUUUACUCAACUUAUUUUAUUGACAGUUCUGUCUCAUAUAAACCUGUUUAACUGUGGAUGUACUUUAAUAAGAUUUGUUUCUUGUAAGGGACCAGUGAAUAAUUCAUGAAUGAGAAAAACUGAUUUUGGAACCUGUACAGUUAAAAUGUUUGUCAUUCAUUUUCUUAAAAGAGAUCUUAUAAAUGUCUGUAAUGCUGACAGAAUUAUGUAUCUUACUUCUUGAUCUCAUACACUAUAUUGAGCUGAGGGAAGUGAUCUGGAACAGUUCGGAUGUGAGUCCAUGUUUUCUGUGUCUCUGUGUAUCCUGGACUCUUUGAUAGUCUUUAGACAUUACUACAUGGUCCUGGGUUACAGGGGUCGAAAUGUGGGAUUAGUAAUAGAUAUAAAGUGUGUUUUCAUGUCAUAUCAGUGAGUCUGAACUUUUGGAGCAUUGAGGUUUUCAUUUUGAGAGAAACGGUUUUAUUAUAUCAGCACAGACAGAUUGGAUGGUAGCAGUACCUGGGUUGUCCACACAGCACUAGCAGAGCGGUUGGGACUCACAGUAGCUCCUCACAGUAAGUCAAGACAGUUCUGAUGAAACUGGAAAAGUCCAAACCCCAGAUCACCACCAAAAUGUAUCGCAAAACCAGCAAACAUGAUACUGUUUCUAGGACCAGAGCUAUGUACACCCCAAAUCUGAUCUGAUUCACCCAACGUCGUCUAAUUUUAAGGUGGCUGCUCACACAUUAUUCAUCCAGUUUACUCUGAAACUGAGAUUUAAAUAAUAUGUGAAUGCCGCUGUCUAAUCCUCUUAAAGAAAAAAUUUAUUACUUCUUGUAAGACUUGAUAAAGACAAAACUGUGGGCCAUCCGCUCCUCCCCUUGCCCCGGGUCUGCUCCAGAACCAUCUCCCUGCUGUCCUGCAGAGAGGAUGGUGCCAUGGGAGAAGUGGACCCUGCCAGGCUGCUUUGGCUCUUUCAGGGGCGUGGGAUCCAUUUGUGAGGGUCUGGUGCAUCUACUGGCAUCGCAGCUUGGCAAUGGAGUCGUUUCAGUCACAGGCUUCCUUAGGUUCUUUUCCUUUUUCCAUGUCUUUUUAUCGGUAGUUGGGUUCUUAACCUCCUCCCCAGCCUCAUGGUUCUGGCCCAUCCUGUGUGCCAGGUCUCUCAGGUCCUGCUCCUCGUCCACAGAACUUAGUAGGGAAUGCUCGGGUUUGAGCAAAUUAUUGUCUGUAAAGGUUAUGUUGACAUUGAAUUAUUAUUAUUAUUAUUUUGUCACAAGGAAAAAAAUUACUUUUGGUUUAUAUGACAUGUUGACCUAUCAGAGCUUGUGUUACCUGCGGCAGUCUGACACUGCUCCCAGCCCAAAGUCUGCGGUGUGACCUGAGACGGUACCUGGGGCCCGCUAGGCCCAUUGAUGCUGCUAGCCGUGCUUCCUGGGUCAGGGACCCCACCACUUCUUGUAUCAGGAGCUUUGUUACUGUAGUUUUCACUGCACACAGCGGCGGUUUUGUUGUCAGCAGUGUGAGCAUCCUUGGUGCUGUUCCAGCUGGUGUUUGCUGGGCGAGGUUUGUCCGACACCAGAGGACGGCCCCUGAAGGCCAGGUCCGGGUAGGUUCUCUGCAUUUCCAUGAGGGAAGGGUCUGUGUUGACCAGGCCACGGCGAGGUUUGGGCUGUGGGGGCCUUGCAUCGGGACACGAGUACAGAGGAAUCUGGAGGAAGGAACAAAAGGUUUGAGCCUAGUUAGACGUGUUGGGCAGGUUCCUGGCUCAUGUGGCAGGUAUUUGUACUCGUUUUACUACCAACGCAACAGUGGGCAGGCAUCCGCCAGGAUUCCUGUCUCCUCUCCCUCUUUCUAAUGCCUGCUCAUUUACAUGUUUUACAUGACUCCGCUCCCACACAUCAGCAUCUGCACAAGCAGUGAGGAAAGAACGUGUGUCUGGCUGUAGUUAGUAUUUAUUCAUCAACGAAUAUUGACCAUGAUAAUUUUUGUUCUAACUACACCACCUGGGUUAUGGGUUAUAAAUUAAUUGGUUUGUGUUGCUCCGUGUAAUAGACCACUUCCUGUCCUAUCACUGCUCAGUUUUUACACCUACUCUUUGUAUGUCCUUUACAUUUGCUUCCUCCUUAUUCGUUGUCUCCUCUUCCUGAGGCUCGGCUGUUUUCCUGUCUGAGGGUUUACGUGUUUUUCUUUGCCCUGCUCUCCUCUGGAGAACCUCCAUCCACUCCUGGAAAAAGGACAACAAACAUCACAAACUCAGUACAUAUGAUCUUUGACCAUGUCUCUGACGCUAAAAAGAAAUUAUACUAUUUGUUCAGUCGCGUCCAAAAGUGCUGGAAUGAAUUAAAAUGAAAAAUAAUUCACUUUUGUUUGCUGUACUGAAAACAGACCCAGUGUAGAGAAAAUAAAGGUUUGUUUUAUCCCAAGUCUAAAA